AUGAGAGCCGGACAAACCAAGGAACUGGAGGUCAAUUGUUCAUUCAGGUUGGAUUUCCCAAUUCCCCGUAGAAAGGAGAACGUUCCUCCACAAGUAGGAGUACAACACGGUGCAACAAGUUUACCGGCGCAGCAGACAUCAGAUGAAACCUUACGGAUCAAUCCAGCUCGAGAGAGGGACUUUGAUGACAUUCUAGAAACCGUUGCAGAAAAGGUUGCCUCACGUCAAGAUAUACAUGAUUUGGGAAAGGCUCUUGGCUUUGGACCAGAGGAUAUCGACCGUUAUGUUGAGGAGAACAAGAAAGAGACAGGCGUGUCGUGCAUGGGAACUCUUUCAAUGCUCCGUAAGUGGAGAAAAAAGCAAACAAAGAAUACAGAGCUGAAAGCCUUGCAGACUGCUCUAGAAGAGGCUGGUGAAAUCCGUCUCGCUGAUGAACUAUUUGGUGAAUGAUUGAAUGGACCUCAUGAUUUUUGUGAACUAUGAACUAUGUUGUUCAAUGGAGGAUUAGAUAGAGGCAGUCAGUUGGCAGGUCCUCAAAAAGUAGCUUCUUUUAUCCUAGUGAUAUUCAUGAUUAGAGGGUGUUUGCAUUAUUUUCAUGCAUUAUUUUAAUUAUUUCAAGUUGUUGUUUUACACUUAAUUUCUGUUUGAGCCAGAAUGAUCUUUAGAUUAUGAUAAAGCUGAAGAUCUUAGCUUUAAUAUGAUAUUAGUUUUAUAAGAAGAAGUAUUUUAGAUGGGUCACCAGCCAGCUUUUCAUAGGCCAAGUACAUUUAGCAGCUUAUUAAACAAGAAUACUUCACUCCGAUUUGUCAAAGAGACCACACACCCACGCAAAUUCCAACGUUUCCACACUGGUCAUCUGCAAGGUCACACGCACAAUGUGGUUACCUCUUCGAAUUACCCGCGCCUGUUGUUUUAAAAACAUUAUUCACCCAAUCAGAACUCUGGAUUUUAUGCUACUCAGAAAUUCCAGAAAUUUCCUCUCGUAUCUUGAUGGAAAAAGUUGGGUGCUGACCCAUCUAAGAGGUGCCACAUACAGAAGA